AUGUGGCAGCUUGAAUUCUCGCUGGGUGUCGGGCUCUCUCGGAGGGGAGGAGCCUCCUCGGUUGUUCCUCGAGAUGUUCAGGGACGCCAUGGCUGUUCCAUCAAGGGAGCCCCAUUGGACCUUGAAGUCCUGGUGGUCCUGGAAGUCCAUCGAGACCUGGUUCCCCAUUUGAUCCCAUCAUACCUUGGUCUCCUUUCUCCCCUGGGGCACCAGGGAAUCCUCCAUGACCCUUUUCACCUUUUGGACCAUUCAUACCAGGUUUCCCAAAGCCAGGUGCCCCAGGAUUCCCAGGAUUUCCUCGGGGCCCAGGCUCACCUUUUGGACCAAGGGGACCUGGUAAUCCUGGAAGUCCAUCAAGACCAGGCUUUCCUAAGCCAACUGGUCCUGGCAGACCUUGUUGACCAGUCCACGCUCACCUGGUGGACCAACAAUGCCCUUUAUUCCUGGCUCACCGCGAGUUCCAGGGGGUCCUCUUAUUCCUGGAAGCCCAGGUUUCCCAUUCAGAGACAAGCCAGCAGGACCAGGCAGGCCAGGCUGCCCAGGCUGUCCGCGUGGACCAGGCUCACCACGAGGGCCAACUUCUCCAUUGAGUCCCGGAAUCCCCUUUGGUCCAAGCUUUCCUGGGAGACCUGGAAGCCCAGGCUUACCAAUUCCAGGAAACCCAGGAGGUCCCUGAGGGCCUGGCUGUCCAGGUUUCAAUGGUGGCAGGUCAUCAAAAGUCAAAGCCGGUUGUGGCAAAGAGUCAAAGCCCAUGUGGAGAGUAAGCACGUGAGUCCAUUUAAGAUUCAGCACUCGGAAGAAUGGAAAGAAGUCCACUGA